AUGGCGUCCCUGAAAGAGUCCUUGGCUGGUCCAGGGUUUGUGAUCCUCAAUGCUAUUCGGGUCUUGAAUAUCAUAGUGUUUCUCGAUAUCAUUGCUGCCUGCGCAGUAAUGCUGGCGAAAAUCUCGCUGUUGAGCAGCUUUUUCUUUUUCGAGGCAGUCUCCCGUGCGAUAAUUGCCGGAGUCAGUAUAUUUCUCAUCAUCUCCGAGCUCCCCUUCUUCCGCGGCUAUUUUGAUCGGAAUUGGCCGUUGUUUGGUCAAGAAUCUGGGUUUAUCACCUUGGCUAUAGUGAUGAUGAUGCUUGGGAUGAGCGUUCUGGGGGAGCUUAACACGCCCGCAACAAGCCAGGAGUCCCUCGGAAUGGCGUUCUGGAGGAUAGCUGUCUCAGCGGGGAUUUUGGCUAUGGUCAUGAGUGUGGUUAAUGCAAUCGCGAGCCUUGUCUUUACUAACCGUGAUGCUGGUGUGAGCGCACGCCAUGUCCGAGUGUAUGGAGCAGUUGCGCCUCAUAAAGUGGUCACACGACCUAGCAGUCAGCGCUCAUUUCAUCUGGGGUUAAACGGGAAGAUUCGCUGCCCACGUAUAGCCCUCAUUCGCCUCUGA